GCGCCAUCAUGGAGCAAAGUCCGACAGUCCAACACUGGGGCCUACUGACAGCAAAGGUCCUGCUGUGUCUGCCUGUCUCUCUCCUUGUCCGUCCGGCUCCCUCCGGCUGUGAGAAAGAGGCCAGGGUGACUAGGCAUUCCCCGCUCCGUCCAAAAUGAACGUACACCAGGGCCACUUCCAUGCGGACCAGGCCUUCCAACAGUCCCAGCUCCUGGGCCGACACCACAGUGGUUACCCGCAGGAUCUGUUGUCCUCGGAGGGAUUGCAUACAUCUCAGGAGCUGAAAGCAGAACCAGAGGCCGGGCCAGAUCAUCCGGAGGGCUGCCCCGUGUGCGGGGACAGGGUGUCUGGCUAUCACUACGGCCUGCUCACCUGCGAGAGCUGUAAGGGUUUCUUUAAACGAUCGGUACAGAACAACAAGCGUUAUGCCUGUGCAGAGAGACAGAACUGUCCCAUGAACCCCUCCCAGAGGAAACGCUGCCCCUACUGCCGCUUCCAGAAGUGUCUGGCCGUGGGCAUGAAGAGAGAGGCAGUGAGAGCAGACCGAAUGAGAGGUGGUCGGAACAAGUUUGGCCCCUUGUAUCGACGAGACCGGCAGAUGAAACAGCAGAGAAGGCUGUGCCACCAGCAGCCACAGCAACCCGACACCGCCCCCUACAGGAUCAAACUGGACAGCACACAACCCCACAGACCAUCCAGCCUGCACCUAAUGUCCAGUCACAUGUCAGCGCUCCGGCCCUCUGACCAUUUCCACCAAUCCCCGGCCUAUCACUCCAAUAUGGGCCAAUCAGAGCUCACCACCAUGCCUCUGGACUGCACCAUGAGCCGGGACAGGGCGUCUGUAGCCCCUCCCCAGUCUCCGCCUUACCCUGGGCGGUACCAUGGGGCCUUUCACGAGGGGGCGUUGGAAUACCCGCAGGAGAAAAGGGAGAUGUUGCCUUACUGCUGCGGCCUAUCUCCUUCUGCCCCACACACACCUAACCGGCUACUCACCCCACCUACAUCCACACCAAGCUCCACCCCAACCCCCCCGUCAACCGCCCCCGCGCCUAGCUUCCUGGCCCAGCUCCUGGAGGGAGAGCCGGAUGAGCGCCAGCUGUGUGCCAAGGUGCUGGCCGUCCUCCAGAGAGAGCAGGCGGGCCGUGGAAAACACGACCGCCUCAACACCUUCAGUAUCAUGUGUAAAAUGGCCGACCAGACACUGUUCGGGUUGGUGGAAUGGUCCAGGAACAGUGCACUCUUCAAGGAACUCAAGGUGGAGGACCAGAUGGUGUUGCUGCAGAGCUGUUGGAGUGAGCUGCUGGUCCUUGAUCACCUGUGUCGCCAGGUGGCCUACAGCAGGGAGGGCUGCAUCUACCUGGUCACAGGACAACAGAUCGAGGUUUCCAACAUCCUGACCCAGGCGGGCGCCACUCUGAUCGGUCUGGUGUCCAGGACCCAGGACCUAGUGGUCAAACUCAAGGCCCUUCACCUGGACACUCAGGAGUUUGUGUGCCUCAAAUAUCUGGUCCUGUUCAACCCCGACGUGAAGUCUGUGCAGAACCGCCGGCAGGUGGAGCAGACCCAGGAGAAGGUGAACCGCACCCUGAUGGACCACACCCUCUACACCCACCCAGGUCACUCCGACAAAUUCGGCCAGCUGCUGCUCCGCCUGCCGGAGAUCCGAAGUAUCAGCCUGCAGGUGGAGGAGUAUCUGUACCAGCGCCACCUGCUGGGAGACCUGCCUUGCAACUCCCUGCUGACUGAGAUGCUGCAUGCAAAACACAGCUGAAUGACGCCCUGCUCAGAGAUCCUGAACGCUUAACGACGCCCUAACCAGAGAUCCUGAACAGUG